AUGGUUCGUGGUAGAGGUCAGGGUGGUCCUCGUGAAGCUCUGGUUGAUGAGGUGAUGGAGAGAACUAGGUACGAUGAACUAUCACGCACGGUUGAGCAGCUCACCGGUCAAGUAGCAACAUUGUCACAACGACGUGAGCGCCGUCUUCCUCCUACAGAUGAAUCCAAUUCGGAUGGAACGGAUGAUGAUAAUGAUACUGAAAACCCCUUUGCUGGGCGUGAGCGCGACUCUAGGAGUUGGGAAUCGUCAUUCCGCAUAGAGAUUCCUGAGUUUCAUGGUAGCGGUUUAUCACCGGAAGAUUGUAUCGACUGUUUCUCUACUGUGGAGGAAGUUCUGGAAUUUAAGAGGGUUCCUGAUGAUCGAGUGGUUCCGCUUGUGGCUACGCGUUUUCGAGGAAGGGCUGCUGUUUGGUGGCGUCAGUUGAAAGCUUCACGAAUUCAGAAAGGUAAAACUCCUAUUUCUUCCUGGGUUAGGCUUGAAAAGUGCAUGCGUUCGGCCCUUUUACCAUUUAACUAUACGAGGGAACUCUAUAUUCGUUUACAAAAUCUUCGUCAGGGUUCUCGAUCAAUUGAUGAAUAUACGAAAGAGUUCUAUGAUUUGGUCACACGCUCAGGUAUUACAGACACUGAAGAACAACUUGUCUAUCGAUACUUAGGGGGUUUGCGUGAGACUUUUCAAGAUACCCUUAAUCUGUUUGACUAUUAUUAUGUGUUUGAGGUUUAUCAGCGUGCUUUGCGAUUGGAGAAACAACUAUCUCGUAAGUCGAUUCGAGCAGCAAUUGGCCGUCCUCCGGCUUUUUCUUCUCAUACUGCUUCCGCACAACAGGAAGUGGAUAUUGCUGUUGAUGUCUUUGAUGAUGCGGAGGAGACAACAGCUGAGUUCGAUGAGGUGUUCCUACCGGGUGACCAAGGUGAAUGUUUGAUGCUCUACCGUCGAUCAUUUCUUACUCCUAAAGCUAACGCUGACGAGUCAUGGCUAAGAAAGAACAUCUUCCAGACAACGUGUAACAUUGAAGACAAGGUGUGCCGUUUGAUCGUUGAUUCUGGCAGCUGUGAAAACGUGGUAUCUGACGAGGCUGUUCGGAAACUCAAGCUUCCCACGGAAAAACAUCCUAGCCCAUAUUCUCUUCACUGGCUUAGUAAGGGAUCCGAGGUAACUAUUUCCAGACAUUGUCUUGUGAAGUUUUCCAUUGGUUCUGUCUAUGAAGAUGCCGUGUGGUGUGAUGUCGUGGUGAUGGAUGCCUGUCAUCUGCUGUUGGGUCGACCAUGGAAAAACGAUAGGGCAGUGACUCAUGAUGGUAAACUGAAUACAUACUCAUUCAUGUUUAAGAAUACUCGUGUUACGCUGGUUCCUUCCAAUGUGACAGUGCACGCACCUAUUUCUCCCGUGGCUUCCAAUUUUAUUUCUUGA